AUGCUUAAAAAGAAUAAACGUAAUUAAGAUGAGAGUAUGGAUUUCGAUGAGAUCCAGAAUCCUAAUGACAGCUCCAGAGUGGGUUUAGUCAAUCAAACUCACACUUAUAGAAGUGGAAAUUACAGAGAUGAUCAAUUCGAGAAUAACAUGAAUGGAGGAGGGACAAAGUAAAUUCGAGGUUCGAAUUCGAAUGAGCACAAUUCAGGAGAUCUCUCCUAGAUCUAGCCGUAAACUGUUCCAAACAAGAUCAUAGAUAAUGGAAGGCCAACAGACAGAGCAAAAGAUGAAAAAUCUAUGUUUGACAGUGAUCACUAGAGUUCAAACCGUAACAUCCAGUCUAUGAAGUCUAGUCACAUUAUCAGUAACAAGGACAUGACUGCAUUCGGAAAAUAAGACUCAAUGAAGUCAGGUUCUAGUAAAGGAAAGGAAAAGGAGCACUUUGUGGUUGGACCAGGUCAUUUGAAUGAAAACGUUAAUAAAAGGAGUGAAUCUGCGAACAGAAAAUACAGAGCAUAUAGAAAUUUUAUUAAGUAUCACAACAAUAAUAAUAAAAGCGAGAGAUUGGCAGGCUCUAAUAAGAAGCUGUCAAACUCAACUAUUAUGGGAAUAGAAAAAAAUAAAGAAUCCAUGUUUGAGGAUAAGACAUAAGUGUAGGAGGCGGCAGAACUGUCAGUUUCUGAUGCUGACGAUGAUUUCGAUGACAGAUAUAUUCACUUAAUUAUUCCAUUCAGACUAUGUUUCGAAGUUGAGGCUGAUGGCGGACUCAAAGUACUAGAGACUAUCAUGGACUCUUGUUUUAUGAUGGAUAUCAUUGUUACAUUUAACACUGGUUUCUACAAGAAAGGUUACUUAGUCAUGAAGAGGAAGGAUAUUAUCCUAAACUAUAUAAAAACUUGGUUUAUACUGGAUAUGCUUGCUAGUUUUCCUUAUUCCUGGGUGAUGGAUAAUGACAAAGAUGAAGAAAAUGAUUCCUCUUCAGGAAAAUCAAACAAUUCAAAAGUUUCAAAAGCACCUCAGCUUCUCAGACUAAUUAGAAUUGUAAGAUUCUUGAGAUUCCUAAGGCUUUUAAGAGUAUUAAAACUAAAAAAGCUGUUAUAUAAGUUUGAAGAGAUUAUCAUGUCAGAUACCAUAAAUGCUAUUCUAGGUUUCUUCAAGGUUAUAACAGUUAUCCUAUUCAUUGCUCAUUGGAUUGCCUGUAUCUUUUACUAGAUUGGGGUUUCCUAACUAGAUUCUGAACCUAUUUGCUGGCUUACUAUGGCAAAUAUACAAGAUGCACCAAUUUUCGAUAAGUAUAUAAUCUCGCUAUAUUGGGCAUUCACUACUAUGACUACUGUGGGCUAUGGUGAUGUCUCUCCGUACACGAUGGGAGAAAAGAUUUAUGCUAUGUUUAGCAUGCUUAUAGCUUGCGGUGUGUUUGCUUACGUCGUGGGAUCUAUUGAAACAAUUGCAAGAAGGUCAAAUACUAUGGCUGCUAUUUUUAAAGAAAAGAUUUUACAUGUGAAUUAAUUCUUGAUGCAUAAGCAGAUUCCCAAAUAUCUCAGGCUCAAAGUAAGAAGAUACUUGGAAUAUAUGUUUGAGUAUAAAAAGCAAUAUAAGCUCUCUGAAAUCGAAGUUCUUAAUAUGCUGAAUGAAAAUCUUAAAGAUUAGGUAAUUGUUCACCUUAACGGAAGAAUGCUUAAGAAAACUAGAAUAUUCUCAAUUUUUGAUUAGAGAUUUUUAGCAGAGGUCACGUUCUUGCUAAGCAACGAGACAUUUAGUAUGGAUGACCAUAUUUUUGAAGAGGAGGAAUAAGGUGCUAAGAUGUUUUUCAUAACUAAGGGAACUGUUGUGAUCAUGUAGAAGAAGAGUCACACCUAUAUCAAGGAAUUGCAAGUAGAUGAGUAUUUCGGAGAGAUCAGUUUCUUCUCGCAACUCAAUCGUCAUGCAACAGCUAGAUCAAGAGGUUUCACAGAAGUACUUUCUCUGAACAAGGAGGAGUUUAUGACCACUGCAACAACUCAAUACUCUGAAGCUCUAAAAACUUACUAAGAUAUUCAUGAUAAACUAACACAUGAAAAAGACUACAGUUGUAUCUAUGUGCAUUGCUAUCUAUGCACUAAAUUAGGUCAUAUUGCAACCAAUUGUGAGAGCUAAUUUGGAGAUAUUGAGGGCAAUCUCAAGAAGUAAAUCUUUAAGAUGAAAUAGAAACUCAUGAAGAUGCAAAAGGCCUAGCAAUAAGAAUAAAUGAAAAUGCUUAAGGAAAACGAAGAGAAAACAAAGGUAGCAUCACAGUAGAAAUCAGGAGUUGAAAAUGCGGAACCUCACGAGGAUUCAGAAGAGAUAAAAACUGAGACUCACCUUACUUCUAAUUAGUACUCGAGUGACGAGAGCGAAGAUAGUAUUGAGAAAAAGGAUGAGUCUAGAAGAAACUCUAAUUAAUCUAAUGCCAAUAUGAAUAUUGGUGAGGGUGUUAGUCCUGGAGUGAAAUCUAAUAACAAAUUUGCCAUUGGCAAUCUAGGUCCUAACAAAAUUUCAGCUCCUCUUGGUUAAAGAUUGCUAAAUGUAAAUGUAGGGGCUCACUCAAUAGAAACUGCUGAAAAAUUCAAACUUAAGGACUAAGAACUAUUCAAAUAAAAUUUUGGAGAAAAUAUGAGCGCCCAAAAAUCUGGCUCAUCCGUUAAUAACGUAAUUGAGAAUCAAAAUUAAGAUUUGGAAUAGAUUAAUAACAGCAUUAAAUAGAUCGAACUAGAGUAAGAUAUUCCAUAGGCAUCUGAGCCACCAAAGGCAGAUGUAGAGAUGACUAAAAAGAUCAAAAGUACUCAUGCAAAACUACUUGGCCUUGAAUAGAGCAGUAUGUCUAUUAGACAGAUGUCUGGAAUUUCCAACUAGUAAACAUCUCAAUAGAAAUUAGACCAGUUUAUGCAGAAAAUGCCCUCAAACAAUACAGCUUUAGGCAUAAAUUCAGAGACUCUUAAGAAUCAAAGCAGCAACACUUAGUCUAAUCAGCCAAAGUCCAUCCUUAAAAAUAGGAAUGCUUAAAACCUUCCAUAAGUUGAGUCAGUUUAUAGAAACAACUCUAAGGCUAGUUCUAAGGAGUAUGAAAGCUCUCUUGACUCAAUGAGUUCUAAAAAUAUCAACUCUAUUACGAAGCAAUAAAGCUUAGUGGAAGCCAAAAUCAAAAAAGGUAAAUCAGGUGGGGAUGUAGAAGAUCCAAGAUUUAAGCACAUAAAAGAUGCUUAGAAAGAUCCAAGCAAGCUCUUUCCAUAGACUACUACUCAUCUAAUGAAGCCACUUAGCAAAUUGUCAGGCUAGAACAUUAACAAAGUUGACUUAACUAGAUAAGGAUCAAGCAAAUUUAAGAGUGGGGAGUAAUAUGUAGAGCAAAUGAUGAAGAAUUUUUCGCCUUUCAAAAUGAAUAUUGAACUAGAGAGAGGAUCCAGUGCUGGGGUUCAAAGUUUCCUUCCCUCUUAUCACGAGCAUCAGUAAAACCUUAUCAGAGGAAAUAGCAAGAAGAAGAUUUCCGAUGCUCAAGAGGAUGAAGAGGUUGAUAAAAAGAAGUUCUACAAGAGGAGCGGAACCAUGCUCCUAGGUAACAUCAAAGAGCCAACAUCAGCUAAUAGAUCAGCUUUACCUGGGCAGGUACCUAAAGAUCUAGGUCUCGGGCUACUGAAAGACAUGAUUGAUUUCGAUGAAAAUGAAGAAUUUAUGGACUAUAAUUCUAGUCAGAGGGAGAAAUCAAAGAAAAGUGCCAACAAGAACUUCCAAAAGAAAAAGACCUUAAGAUGA